AUGCGUGGAGUAAUUCCGGAAGAUAAAAUUCAUUUAAUACAAAAAAAUUUCAACAUAGUUGAUAGUAAUCGAGAUAAUAAAAUUGAUGAACAUGAAUUUAAAACAUUAUUGCGGUUACUAGGACAAACCAAGACGGAAAAGGAAAUAGAGGAAAUUAUUGAAAAGCAUUUUGAGGAUGAUAAUGAUGAAGAUAAGGAGGACAAAAGGGAAGAAGAUGGAAAGAACAAAAAAGAUGAAGAGGAUAACAAAAAUUAUAAAAGUAAAAAUUAUAUUAAGAAAAAUACAGUAAAAGGUAUAGCAAACCAUGAACGUAUAAAAAGUUUAAUUGCAAAAUUAAAUAAUUUUAGUGAAAAUAAUAAAAAAGAAGAUGGCAUAACAAAUAUAGGAAAUAAUUCCCUAUUAAAUAAUAAACUGAUAAAAAAAAAAAAAAAAAAACCUAUUAAUUUUGAAACGUUUAUGAAUAUAUUUAUGAACACUUAUACUGAACCAAUAUCAUUAAAUGAGUUAGUUAGAUGCUUUGAAGUGUUCGACAAUGAAAAAAGUGGUUAUAUGGAUGAAGAAAAAUUAAGAUAUAUUCUGAUGAAUUCAAAUGAAAGGUUAAUUGAUGAAGAUAUAAAAUUUUUUUUAAAAUCUUUAAAUCUGAAAGACAUAAAUAAAAUAGACUAUGUUUUACUGUCCAAAAAGUUAAAAAAUAUUUCUUAA